AUGGCCACCAUCCGCCAUCCAUUGACUCCUCUGGACGGGCAGCCUCCGCGGAACUUGACCAACCUCAAGAGCGGGCAGAAUGCCUCCACUCCGUCGUCAACCAAGCGGAAAGCCACCGAUGAUUUUGAAAAUGUAUACCCUGCCAUUUUCUCCAAGCGGCUUAAUGACAGCAGUGACAGCUCGUACAACAUUCUCUUCAUCAAGCAUUCCACCAGCAUGGUCACAAAGUUUGCCAGCACCAAUGACGUCCACAGCUCUUUGCCACUCAGCUAUCCCUGGCCGUGCUUUUUGCUCAACCCCAAGUCUCCUGCUGCCCGCCUCAACAACACGGGCAUGGCUAAGGCCUUCCCUCUUCCGGCGGCCGCUGGACGUUCGCGAACACGAGGCAAGAAGACUGGAUCUCUGUGCCCGUUACGGCGGCGCAGAGAUGGUUCCAACAGUCGUAUGGGCUCUCCUGCCUUUGGUCUCUCGUCCAAGGCUGCUGCCCCCUUCUCUCUCGACGGUGCUCUCAAGGGUACGCUCCCAAGCUAUGACAGCCGCGAGAUUGUGUCUCAGGCGCCUGUUGCCUCAACGAGCCUCAAGCUCGGCCUCGACGUUUUUAAGAUCCACGAGGACACUGCCGAGCAAGAGAUGACAAACCUUCUGGAGCACAGCACAUGCGUGCUCGCCAUCAGCUCAGAUGAGGAGACUGAGACCCGAUGGCAGCGGGAACGUGCCGAAGGCAAGGAGAACAUGCCACCAGCCGAUGAAGUCUCGCAGGCGUUCCGAGCAGCGGAUGCUGACGGCGUGACUUUUGGAAAGAAGAGAAGCCCGCUCACCGAAAUGAGUUCGGUCAACGUCGUCCCUGGUGACGACGAAGAUGAGGUUGCGCAGCAGCCUAGGGCCGAGGCCGAUGUCAUGGCUGUGCUGGCUGACGCUUCUGCGAGUGUCAAGCGGUUUAGCGUGCCUGUCAAGGACUCCGAGCAAGAAGUGGAACUCAUUACUGUUGCCGCGGAGGUGGUCGUGGUGCAAGAAUCCAAGACUGCCGAGGGGCUCAUGCAGAAGACCGAGGAGCCUGCGCCAUGCGCUGCGGUGCUGUAACCCAU